AUGCCUCAAUCACUCGUACCUUAUACGAGUUCCAUGCGCAUGCUCUGUGUGGAAGGCGUUGGCUGCCGCGACGAUGACCAACACACGGUCGAAAAGUCACUAAACUCGGUCACCUACUCGUCCAGAGUUAUCGAGAGAAUUUCCGACAUCGCAACGGCUAUGGAUAUUUCACUUAGCCACACUAUGAUCCAAGGGUCUCUCAAUCUUGAUGGGAGCGGAACCUUCAUCGACGAAGAGAAGAUCAUAGCUGCUGAUGUCAAUGUUCUUGUCUCCGUCAAGGUCAUGUCUCGAAGUUUCACAACUUCAGCUCCUAGUGAUUUCCAGAGCAUUCAUGAUUUCGAUCCUAGAAUGGACGUAUUCCAUGAGGCUUUCGGGGACUCUUUCAUCUCUGGGACAGCGUCAUACAAGCGUAAGGAUGCAUGGACUUUGAGACAGAUGCGAGAGAAUGACUUUUAUAGUAUCGGAGAGAUUGCGCAGACCAAGACCGACCCUAGCGACCCGAACGACACAAUCAGCUCCGCGACCAAGCGCUAUUUCAACAACAGCGCUCUUCGGAACACAGAAACUACUAUCUCGGUCCGUUAUCACGGCGAAGGGUCAAUGGAGGGUAUCGGCCCCCCUUGGGACAUCGAUGCCGUAUAUCAAGCAGCUGCUGCAUUCCCAGACCUUGUUGCCAACAAUCCGCAGUACACCUGGGCUAUUUUGACCAAAUACAAUGCAUCUCGAAGCUGGAACGAGCGUAUGUGUCUGCCCAGGGAACCAGGCAACAGGUUCAAAGACUACUGUCCUGUCAUGCGCUACACAGCAACCCUUUUCGACAACUUCAUGAAGUAUAAGGGUUUUGUCGCAAAGGUUCAAGACAUUCUUUCCCACGGAGAUCAAUACACUUCAACAUCCAAGCCCAAUUCCAUCGAACUUGAUGUCGCUAAGCUCGUAGAAGUGCGCGCCGCCCUUCGGAAUGAGAUGGACAAAAUUGCAUCAGUCGUAAGUCAUAUGAAUUGA